AUGAGCAACGAUCGCCCAAAACGAAAACUAGAGCCGCACAUACAUCUGCUCGCCGGCGGUGUCUCGGGUUUCGCCAGCUGCGUCCUGCUUCAGCCGCUCGACCUGAUCAAAACGCGGCUGCAGCAGGAUCUCGCGCAACGACAGUCCCUCCUCCGAUCCUUCAGCCAGGGCGCCGGCGCCGCCCAAGUACUCAAUCUUAAGAACUUGACGAUAUGGUCCACAACGCGGGAUAUCGUGCGGCAGGAUUCCGUGUGGGCGCUAUGGAGGGGGACGUGGCCGACGGUGCUGAGGAACGUGCCAGGGAGCGCGUUGUAUUUUGUGAUGUUGAAUGAGAUGAGGAUAGGGUUGAGGAAGGUUGGGCAGACUUUUGGCGUCGUUUUACCCACUCCUACGAAUGCCGCUUUGGGCCCCCGCACAUUCAACGAAUCGACCAUCAACCUAAUAGGCGGCGGCAGCGCGCGAGCCGCGGCCGGGUUCAUACUCAUGCCAAUGACCGUCAUCAAAGUCCGCUACGAAAGCAACCUAUACAGCUACACGUCCGUCUGGCAAGCCACGCGCGACAUCACCCACAAAGAGGGUAUCCGCGGCCUAUUCCGCGGGUCAGGGGCCACCAUCCUUCGCGAUGCGCCGUAUGCGGGGCUCUACGUGCUCAUUUACGAGCACUGCAAGACGUUCUUGAGGACGGCGGUGGAUGGUGGAACAUUGGGACUCUCCGGACUGGCUAUCCCGCCGGCGGCGAUAAAUAUGACGGCGGGGGUGAUAGGCGGGGCGGUGGCGACGUUGAUCACGAACCCGUUUGAUGUGGUCAAGACGCAGAUGCAGCUGAAGCCGAAGGAGUUCCGGACGAUGGUGCAGAGUGCGUGGAAGAUUGCGACGGAGGAGCGGUUUGCGGGAUUUUUCGCGGGUGUGUUGCCGAGGUUGUUGAGGAAGUCGUUCAAUUCGGCUAUUGCGUGGACGAUUUAUGAGGAGGUUAUUGGGUUCGUGUCGUUGAAUAGUUGA